AUGUUGGCAGUUAAGCGAUACAGCAUCAAGAGGGCUACGGAGUACAAAAUAGUAGAGAGUGACCAGUUGAGGUAUAAUGCACAGUGUAUCCAGUUUGAACCCGAUUGUAAUUGGAGCAUACUCAUAUCAUAUUGCCGAAAGCAAGAAAAGUGGGAGUUUAGGAGAUACACUGGUCUUUAUACUUGCAUGCAAACAUCGAUGGGAGACAAGACCAUCAUGUACUUGCCCGCCAUGUACAAUAAGCUAACUGAAAAUUUGUCUUUAGGUACUUGGGUGCAACUAGUGACACAUCCUUGCCCUGGUUCUGCCGACACAGUCAUGUUUCAUCGGAUUUUUUGGACAUUUCCACCGUGUGUUGAGGCUUUCAGACAUUGCAAGCCACUUAUUUCCAUUGAUGGCACCCACUUAAAUGGUAAAUACGAUGGGACCUUGCUGAUAGCCAUAGCUCAAGACGGCAAUGCAAACAUUUUGCCUAUUGUAUUUGUCGUUGUAGAGGGUGAGACGAAGGAGGCGUGGUCGUUCUUUCUUUCGUAUCUGCGGCAGCAUGUGACACCACAACCCGAGGUCUUAGUGAUUUCAAACAAAUACAAAUCAAUUGAUGGUGUGCUGAACGCCGAGGGAAGUUUACGAAAACCACCUCAUGCCUUCCAAGCUUUUUGUACAAGACACAUUAUAGCCAACUUCAUGACUCACUUCGAGAACAAGGACUUGAAGAAGGUUCUGAUUAACACAGUGUAUUCAAAGUCGCAGCGUGAGUUCACUCAUUAUUUUGGCCGUCUGAGGGGCAAAAAUGUAGCAAUCACAAACUGGCUUGAAGAAAUGCCACGGUCACAGUGA